UUUGAUUGAAACAAGAGUAUUUUCAAUCUAAUAAAAAAUUAUAAUUUUACAAAAACUCUAAUAUCAAAUUAUUUGAUAAAAUUGUAUUAAAUAAAUUUGAAAUUAUAAAUAUAUUAUAUGUAUAACAUGCAUGGGUCGUAUAUACAUAUAAACUUUUAAUUUAAAACAUAAAAUUCUGUUUCUACUUUAAUAACACUUUAUGAAAGGAUUUAAGAAUUUAAAAAAAAAAUUAAACAAUUAAAUGAAAAAUUAAUAAAGUAAUGUUUUAUUGCACCCGCAAAAGUGGCGUUUGUAAGUGAUAAUUUGAGUUUUGAGCGUUAUUUCCUCCAAAAAAUGCAGCAAGUAGACGAUCCCCCAUCACUGCCAGUUGGUACGGAGGUUAGCGCAAAGUAUAAGGGGGCAUUUUGUGAAGCUAAAGUACGAAAAGUGGUUCGAAAUAUCAAAGUAAAAGUAUUGUACAAGCAACCUGGAUUGGGAUCUGGCAUUGUACCCGAUGAUGCAAUCAAAACUGGAAUUCUACGAGUAGGGGCAAGCGUUGAAGUAAAGCACCCUGAAAGAAGAGAUUUAGUUGAAGCUACAAUAACGAAAAUUCAAGAUGGAUCCCAGUACACAGUUGUAUUUGAUGAUGGUGACAUAACAACUUUGAGACGUACUGCGUUGUGUUUGAAAAGUGGAAGGCAUUUUAAUGAAAGUGAAACUUUAGAUCAGUUACCUUUGACACAUCCAGAACAUUUUAGUAAUCCGGUUAUUGGAGGAAGGCGUGGUCGUCGAUCUAGACAUUUGAAUGACGAUACCUCUGAUGAAGAAGAAGAACCCGUAAAAAAAGGUAAACAAAUUGUAAAUGAAAAAGAGGAAAAUAUUGGUAGAGUCGUUUGUGUUGAAACAACUGAUGCUAAAAAGAAAGAUAAAUAUUUCCCUGGACUAGUCGUGGCACCUACGGCCCAAGCUACUGUAAAAAUUAGGGUUAAAGACGAAUAUUUGGUUCGCUCUUUUAAAGAUGGAAGAUAUUACACGGUACCUAAAAAAGAAGCGAUAAAUUUUACUCGUGAAUUAGCUUCUAAAAUGGAUGGUCCAGCUGUCCAAGCAGCAAUAAAUUUCCUAGAAAAUAAUGAGCUGCCGCCACAUUGGGAUCGAGACUCGUUAUUUGGUUUGUCUAAUAGCUCAAGUGAUUAUGAAGGCGAAGUGGAUUCUGAUAGCUCUGAUGAUGAACCAACCGAAGAAAAAGACCAUUUCGUAGCUCAAUUAUACAAAUACAUGGACGACAGAGGAACGCCACUAAACAAGGUACCUUCAAUUCAAAAUCGGGAUGUCGAUCUUUACCGAUUGUUUAGAACAGUUCAGAAAUUGGGUGGUUAUAAUCGAGUUACAAGUCAAAACCAAUGGAAGUCCAUCACAAACAGAUUAGGAUUUACACCAGUUACUGUUAGUGUAACAAAUUUGGUAAAGCAAGCAUAUAAAAAAUUUCUGCAGCCUUAUGAAGAAUUCCAUCGUAAAUUAGGUUGCUCAAUGAUAAUGACAUCGAGAGGUUCCGGACGCUCAAAAGGUCGGAGCCUUGUCAGGGCGAAUUCCGUAGCAUCUCCAAAACCUGAUGCAAAAACUUUGGAAAAAACGGCGGCAGUUGCAGCAGCUGCUAAUGCUUCAGCUCUUUCGGCCUCAGUUUCCACAAAUGUUUCACAACCUUCAAUAUCCGAAGGAGAAACAAAAGCUAAAAUUAAACCGGAACCGGAAGAAUCAGAAAAUACAAGUGAGUCCAGUGUUGAGGCUCCUGCAGCUAAGAAUGUGAAAAGAAAAAUUUCUACUGGAAGCAAUACAAAAACAAAAAAUUCAGAAAAAUUUGAGGACAAAAAAAAAGAGGAUGAACAAGAGCCUAAAUCGCAAGAUAUAAAAAAGGAAGUCAAAAAGGAAAAGGAAUUGUCUCCUCCUCCUAUGGUAUCAAAGGAACAAAAUAGUGGUUCUUCAACAUCGUCAACUUCCAUUUCAGCAAACAAACCAAGAGAAAGGGGAAGACCUGGCAAAAUUCAUCAUACGGACAAAAUUAAAAAUUUAAAAAAAAAGGAAAAUGAAAUUCCCCCUAUUUGUGAAAAGACGAUCGAAAAGGCUCGCGAAAGCGUAAACGUUUCUAACGAUUUUCCUGUUGAAGUAGGAGAUAAAUUAAAAGUUUAUUAUCACGAGAAGCGUGUUACUUAUGAAGCAAAAGUUAUAGAAAUAUCUUUACAACAAGGUAUCCCUUUGUAUAUGGUACACUACACGGGAUGGAAUAACAGAUACGAUGAAUGGAUUCCAAAAGAACGUAUUGCAGAAAACCUAACCAAUACCAAAGCUAAGAAAUCCAAAAUGUCCCAAGGCACACAACCUGGUAAAAAUAUUCAAGAAAAUUUAAACAAAGCUUCGACAGAGAAAGAAAAAGAUAAAAUGGGAGGCAUUGUUUUGUCAUCAACACCCUCUACACCAACGAUUAAAUCAAUAAAUUCAUCUUCGAAGAGAGGAAGGGGUCGAAGUGAUUCCCAACCGCCGAGAUCAACAACACCUUCUUCUGUGGCAUCGAACUCAAGUCGCACAAAGUCACCCGCUACCCCGGUUACCCAGAGGCGAAAUACAAGAACUCAACCAUGUUCUAAUAUCAGAAGGACUUCCAAUAAUGUAUCUGAUAUAUCUAUACAAACAGACUCUGAUUCGGAUUCUGACACACCGGUGCUAAAAAAAAGCAUAAAAUCAAUACAUACAACAACAUCUUCUGCGCCAACAGUUAUUUCAGUAGCAGCUUCAGCUCCCAAUUUAAAGGGGAGCACUUCAAUUGUACCCAAAAUUACAACUGGUGCUGCUUUAACUUCAUCGGGUGCUUCGCCUGUAAUUGAAAUAAGUAAUCAAGGGCACGUUUCUCCUUCAAAAUUAUCUAACCUAAAAGUUUCGGUUGAAGUAGAUGAUGAAAAUGCAAAGGGAAGGGAUUACGAUUUAAAUCAAAUACGAUCAGAACUUAAAGGCUUUAAAGAAUUAAAGUCGCCCUCGCCUGAUUGUGAUGAUAAAAAAAUUGAAUCCGAUUUUGAUAUUACUGGUGAUAAAAUUGAUAAACAUGAGCAUAAAAAGCACUCGGGGUCUCAUAAUAUAACAAUGAAACAACCUAAAAUAGAGUCAAAGUCAUCAACAGAUUUUUCAUCUGAAUGCGAUUCUUUUGGCGAUGACGAUUCUCAAUCAUCUGACAAAACAACUCAAUUAGAAAAUAUGACUGAAAAAUUACAGCAAAAAAUCAAAGCCGAAAAACUAGCACAGGCAGCUGCCGCCAAAAACGCUGAUAAAUUUGGAAUUUCUAAAAGUUUACCAAAUGAAAAAUUAUCACCUUUAUCAUCGUCAGGAAUUGAAAAAAUUAUCAAAGACAGUUUAGCUGAAAAAAGACAAGAAACUUUAAAGGCUUCAAAACCCUUCUUAAUAGAAAAAACUAUUUUUAAAUCAUCAAACGUUUCAGUUUUGCCAAACAUUAACCAAGAAAAAUCUGAAAAACAUGGAGGUUUAAACCAACAAAAAGUCGGUUUGACAUCGACUGUUAUUUUGAAGACAGAAGCAAAUUUAACUCGGCUUACAUCAUCACGCCAAAUUUCCACUGAAAGAAAAAUAACCCAUCUCCCUUCGUCCGCAGACGUUAAAAAAAAUCAGUCCACACUAUCUGAUAAACUCACCACAAUAACAAGCACUGGACGACCUGAAAAAAAACCUAUUUUAACAGCUAAGGCAAACGCUUCUAUUGCAGCUGCAGCGGUUGCUGCUGCUCAUGCUGCUGAAAUUUCAAUUAAUCAAGCUACAAAAACUGAUACUUUUGUAGCACCCAAUGUGUCGCAUAAAUAUGAAUCAAAGCAAAAUGCUGACGUUAAGGGAUUAUCGGCACAGUUUCAACAUAAAGCUAAUAUUAGUGGCUCGGCGGCUCUAUCUGAUAAAUUAUCUGUCAGUUUAAUAACUAAAUCAUGUUCUGUAAAUAAAGAAAUUCUGAAAAACUCUAACAACAAAAGUUUACAAACCAUGCAAGGACUAUCUACGUCAUGUCAAGAAGUAACUACUUCUGAUGUUUAUGAAUUUAAAGAACCCGAACCUUUCGAAUUUGAAGCUAGGAAAACAAGCACAGCGACCCACACUCUAUCUCAAUCUUUAGAAAUUGAAAAAAAGAAAAAGCCUAUAACCAAGUCGUUUGAUCAAUUGGAAUGUAGUAAGCCAUUACUAUUGGGGCCUAGUUCUUCAACGAUUUUGGCACCGCAGGUUACAGUAACUACGACGCCUAUGAAAAAGGCUAAAAAAUCACCUAUAAAAGAUCCUGAAGCGAAAAGUUUGAAAAAGUCAAAACCAGAAGAAAAAGUUUCACAAGAUAUACAGUUGCCCCCAAUAUCAAUUCUUUCAAUUCAAUCAAAUAUAACUCCAAUGUCAACAGCACCUUCUCCAACAUCAGUGUCUUCGAUUCAAUUCUCUAAUUCCAAUCUUUCAAUUAAGGGAGACUCUACUUUUGAUGUUCUAAGAAAAUCACCAAGCUUCAAUCUAAAUAUUAACGCUUUGAAUGAGGAACUUGCCACGGCCAUUCAAGAAACUACAAAGGUCUUAACGGAUGUAACAGUACCAAUCACGCCGAUUCCAAUGACUUCUGUAAACACUAUUCCAUUGUCAACAAUACAGAAACCAACUUUCGUCAAUACGUUCGUUGAAGCAACAAAAUCAACAUCAUCAGCCAAAACAACGAUUUGCUCCAGCAAAAAUAACACUCAAAUUUCCACAAAAUUAUUACCAACUUCAGUACCGAUGUUCUGUAGUUCUAAUAAGCCUGUUAACGUUUUAUCAAUAAAAACGACCCCAGUAGCAAUUUCAAAACCAAUAUCACCUCAAACUCAUAAAGUUUUACCAUCUGUAUUGUCCAAAACACAAGGCAGUGCAGCUAAGACUUCUUUAACAACCUCAACCUCAUCUUCUGUAUUGGUAACGAAAUCAGUUGUUAAUUCAGCAUUCAAACUAGCACCGAAUUCUGCCGUACCUUCUACGCCAUCUCCGGAUUUACUUAAUGUAUUUGAGGUAAAGCAGGAUAAUGAUAAUAGCAGUAAAAGUGAAAGCGAUGACGAUCACGAUAAAAGUAAAAAGGGAAAUGAAUUGGAAACUGUUAAAAAAAUGCUUUCUGACCCCGGAAUAUUAGAACCACCAAAAAUUGAGAAGUCUUCAAUAGCUGAUAAAGUUCUGAAAGCUCUUAACCAAAAAAAGGAAGAAGAAGAAAAAACGAAAGAAAACCUGCCAGCAAAAUUAACGCCAUUUAUUCCUGAAACCAAAUCAUCUAUUAGUAGUUUAACAAAACCUGUUUUGUCGAAAAUUGAGCCAAUAAUUAAUAAAUCGCCACAACCAUCACUAAAAUCAACAUCGGCCUUUAGUAGUGUAUCACCAGCAAGUGGAAUUAUAAACACUUCCAACAGGAUAUUUAGUAGCUCACCAAUACUGAAUGAACCACCUAAAAUAGAAAUGCCGGUCAUAAUUAAAAAAGAUUUUGAGAAUGCAUUAAAAAAGCCUGUCUUAAAUAGUCCUGAGCAUAAGUUAAAUAUAUUGGAAUCCAUAGCUCCUAAAAAUAAUGAUUUAACUGAGACAAUCCAAAAACUUGAAAGUGCCAUUAAAACUACAUCAAACGUAGAUCAUUUUGAUCCAGAUUCAUCAGACAGUACGGAUUCUGAACGCAGACUUGUCAUUGAAGACGAAGAAAGUUCUGAUAAUUUAGCAAACGAUACACUAAGUGCUCCAGAAUAUUCUCCACUUAAAAAGCAGGAAAUCGUAAAUUCUUCUCCGAUGAAAACUUUAACUCAAGCUACUAUGCUUUUGCCACAAACAUCUAUUGUAUUAACAACAAAAUGCAAUACAGAAAAGGUCACAGCAACAUUAACUGAAGCUUCUAUAAAUACACAAGAUUUUUCAGCAAAAAAAUCGCAAACUCCGGAGCAGUCUAUAUUUACUUUGACUUCUUCAAAUACUACCACCGUUACUGCAAUAGGGCCCCGUGGGAAUACUACAAGUGUGUUUGGACUGCAAGGUUCUCUAUUCGCAAAUCCCUCACUUUUAUCAGACACAGGUGUUAAACCUAUAUGCGAUUUGCCUCCAAAUUUUAAACAGGAAUUUCCGCCAUCUCUCUCAGUUACAGCGGUUAAACGAAGUGACUUAAUGUCACCGCCAGAUUUAUCUAUAACGCCUUUAAAAAAGGAAGACACAUUAAAUGCAAAUCAAGAAGCGCAAAGUCUUACUAGCGAUUCAAUCAAUUUACUUCUUUGUGAGGAAACAAUUCCUGGUAGUCCCACUCCAAUUCCAAUUAAAGAAAUUGUUACGGACCAAAAUAUUAAACUGUCUUCAAUUCAUCCAACUGAAUCUGAUAUUAAACCCAUACCAAUGGAUAUCGAAAUCAAUUCAAAUGUUCAGUCGCCAAAUUCGAAUUUAAUUUGCAGUAAUAUUAAAAAUACCAAUAGUCAAGUUGGAAAUAAUAUUCGACAGCAUACGAACCCAUCAACGACAAAUGCAGAUCGGAUAGAGUGUGCUAGAGGAAACGGGUCAAACAAAAAUUUAACGAAAGUUGAACAACAAACCCCAAGCAGCUCACCACGCGAUUCUCAAAGCCAAGAUGAAAGUAGUGAAGAUUUGAAAAAACAAGUUGGCCCAGAUAUAGACGAUAUAUCACCCAAAAAACGACGACGUACCAGAACCCAUUCAGAAGCACAAAGUCACCACGGCAAACGAAGAAGAAGUAAUAGAGUAGAGGCAAAGAAGCAAAAUCCUGGUUCCGAUAGUGACGAAAAUUCAGAUACAAAUGCAACGCAAAGAUCAAAUUCCAAUAGGCCGAUUAGACCAUGUCCAUAUAAUUUUUUGGUGCAACUAGAUCCUAAUCUAAACCCAAAUCAGCGUAUUGCGAUUCUUCGUAAAAAAAUUGCAGAUUUGCGUAAAACAUACAACAUGAUAAAAGCAGAAUUGGCUAGCAUUGACAGACGAAGGAAAAAGCUACGUAGGCGUGAAAGAGAGAAAAAAAUUCAACAAAAACAACAACAUUCGCAGCAGAUUCAAUCACAGCAGCAAUACAGUGUUUAAGAAAUACGCGUCUUAAAGAACAGUCGAAGCUUGUCGUUUAAUAAUUUUUAUAAUAGAUAUUAUAAGAAAAUUCUAGUGAAUUUUGAAAAUAUCACUAAAAUUAAUUGUUUACGAUGUAUUUUAUUCACUUGUUUGCAGAAAUAGAAAAAGAAUUAUCAUUUAGCAGUAAAAUUUGUUAAAAUGUUAUUUUACAAAAUUAUUAUGACGGGAGGAAAUUUUAUAUCUUAAUGUACUAAAAAACUUAAUGUGAAUUUAAAGAAAAUCUAAAAAUAAAAUCACUCUGUAAGUCCAUUUUGCUCAAUUUGAGGAACUCAACAUUUAAUGUUUUUGUAUUG